ACAGAUCCCUGGGGAACUCCUGAUGUGACAGAGGAAGGCUGGGAAGAGAAGGUUUUGAUCCGAAUGAACUGAGUGCGGCCAGAGAGAUAUGAUUUAAACCAGUUUAGAGGAGUCUGAGUGAURCCAAUAGAGGAAAGUCUGUUGAGUAGGGUGGUAUGGCAGAUAGUGUCAAACGCUGCACUCAAAUCAAGUAGGAUGAGAAUGGACAGCAAGCCGGAGUCAGCUGCCAUAAGGAGGUCAUUGGUGAUUUUUAUGAGAGCUGUUUCUGUGGAGGGGACGAAAACCAGACUGAAACAGUUCAUACAGGUUAUUGUUGGAUAAAUAAGUGUGAAGUUGGGAUGCUACUACCUUCUCAAGAAUUUUGGAGAUGAAAGGCAAGUUGGAGAUAGGACGGAAAUUAUUCAGAUUAUAGUGAUCAGCACCAGGUUKUUUUAAGAUAGGGGUUAUGGCAGCCAUUUUAAAUGAAGCAGGAACUGUUCCAGUGGAGAGAGAGGAGUGAAUAAUGGCAGAGAUAAGAGGGAGKAUGGAUGGGGCACAGGCUUUAACCAGGACUGUGGGAAGGGGGUCAAGCAGACAGGUGGACGACUUGGAUUUGUGUAUAAGGGUUGUAAUUUCUGAUGUUGUUGGGAGCUGGAAGGAAGAGAAGGAGUGGGCUGGAGGAGAAAGUUCAAGAGUAGGACAGGGGGAGGGUUGUGAGCBGAGAUGCUGGUGGAUCUUAAGAAUUUUACUGUCAAAAAAUGACAUGAGGGAAUUACAAAAAUCAGUGGAACACAAAUAUGAAGGUAGAGAGUCCGGAACUUGAAUGAUGUUCUUAUAAAGUGAGAAUAUUGACUUGGUGGAGCCUUCAUUUGAACAGAUUAAACCAGUGUAGUAAAAGGAUUUGGCUUGAGUGAUACAGUCCUUAUAAUGUAAUAUGUGAUUUUUGUAAAUGUCUUUAUGAACAACUAGUCCAGUUUUCCGGUGGAGCCUCUCAAGUUGCCGUCCUUUGGCCUUCAUGAGCCGAAGUUCAGGAGUAAACCAGGGGGCAGAACGAGCAAAAGAAACAGAUCUGGUUUUUAACAUCUGAUGCUGAUACCAUGUUUGUUGUAUCUGAUGCGUGGUUCAAACGGAACCGCGGGAGCCGGUGAACGCGCUGCCUUCCAGAACCAGAACCAGAACCAGAGCUGCGGGCCGGACAUGGUGCAGGACUUCCACGUGGUUCGGUGUUUCCGCUGCCAGAGCUUCCAGGUGCAGCAGGUGAAGAAGGCGAAGAAAUGGAGCUGCAAGCUGUGUGGAGAGAAGCAGUCACUGCUGAAGGAAUUCGGCCGUGGAUCCGGAGCCGACUGCCGGCGCCACGUCCAGAAGCUGAACGCCAUGAGGGGAGCCAAGAUGGAGGAGCAGGAGGCCCACACCUGGUCGCUAUGUGAGCAGGAAGACGAGGACGACGAGGAGGAAGAGGAGGAGGAAGAGGAGGAGCCUACAGGUGACCAGGUGAAACCCGCUCAGGUGAGUCGCUGGAGCAAAUAUCUGGACACACCUGAGGAAGAGGAGGAAGGCUUGGAGGGCAGAAACCAUCUCCAUGGCAACCAAACCAUUAGCAGGAAGAGACGCAGACCAGAGGAGCUGGGAGGAGGAAGAGGAGACGAAGGCUGCACACCUGUUCAGCUGAAACCUACAGCAGUGACAUCAUCUGUGACGUCAUCAUCAGCCCCCAGUGGCUCCGGCUCCAGGUGGGGUCAGUUCCUCAGUGCUGACAGCUGGGGGGCGGAGCAUCCUCUUAGUGGGCGGAGUCAGCCAGCAGACACUGCCGAGCCCCGCCCCCAACUUCCUGUGUCCUCCAUGUUUGACAGCGGCGAAGACUUUGAUGAGGAUUUUCUGACUUUUUAGAUUAUUUUGUUUGUGACUGUUGUUGUUUACAGCAGAGACUCAAACAUUCUGAGAUCAUUUCAGGUUUUUAUUGAUCAGAAACCAAGGAACAAAUAAAUCUAUUGAUUAUAGA